AUGUCUCUCUGGUACCCGCACUCUUAUACGCACUCGGCGGCCCCGGGCUUCUCAUCCCUGUUCCGCAUGCUCGACGAGUUCGACAAGUACGCGCAGCAGCAGGUCGGGGCGUCAAUCGGCGGCAAGAGCGGUUCUACUGGCAACGGCGGCGCUCUACAGGCCUUCUCACCCAAGUUCGACGUCACCGAGCACGACAAGGAAUAUCAACUGCAGGGAGAGCUGCCCGGCGUGCCGCCCGAGAAUGUCGUCGUCGAGUUCACCGACAGCCAAACACUUGUGGUCCGUGGCCACGCCGAGCACAAGCACACCGAGGGCGACCCGUCGCUUGGCCAGAUCGAGGACGGCGCCGAGAACAAGAAGAUUGAGGGCGGUGGAAAGAAGUCGCAAGUCAAGGGGAACGGCAAGGUCAAAGAGAGCGGCGACACUGGAGGGGAGAAGCCGACUCCCAAGUACUGGCUCAGCGAGCGGUCCUAUGGCGAUUUUUCGCGCGUCUUCUCGUUCCCUGUCGCCGUCGACCAAGACAAGGUCCAGGCCAAGUUCGAGCACGGCAUCCUAGAUGUCAAGGUCCCCAAGGCCGAGUCCAACAAGGGAACGCGCAGGAUCCCCCUGCAGUAA